UGACUGCGGUGGGCGGGGUAUUUCCGAUGCAGGAAGUCAGUCUUGUGAUAUCACAGUUAAUCUGAACACUACACGCUUUGUUUUCACAAUGUCUAAAUAUGACGAAUAUAUAUGAGAUAAAAGCAUCAAAGCAUCUUUGAAAGCUUAAAGAAGUGCGGUGUAAUCAGGCAGGAGCCAUCAUGUCUGAGCAGAGUGACUCCAGUCUGCCGGCUGAGGAGAGGGUCCGUGCUCUCAUCAAGCUGGGCAGCUCUGUGGACGUUAGCGAGGACGUGCCGCCCCGCCGGUACUUCCGCUCCGGGAUGGAAAUCAUCCGAAUGGCCAACAUCUAUGCAGAGGAGGGGAAUGUCGAGCAUGCAUUCAUUCUUUACAAUAAGUACAUCACGUUGUUUAUUGAAAAACUUCCUAAACAUCGUGAAUAUAAAACCGCCAACAUUCCUGAGAAGAAAGAUACGAUGAAGAAAUUAAAGGAAGUUGCUUUUCCGAAAGCUGAGGAACUGAAAAAGCUGCUUCUCAAGCACUACGAAAAAGAACACGCCGAAUAUCUCAUCCGAAAGCGAGCGGAGGAUGAGGCCCAGGCUCGAGAAGUGGCCAAGCAGUGCGAGCAGGAGGCAGAGAAGCAGAGACAGGCCGAGCAGCAGCAGCGUCAGCGUGAGCAGGAGCAGUUCAGUGCCUUUGAGGAGAGGAUCCGCAGGCAGCAGCUGGAGAAGGAGCGCCAGCGCAUCAUGCAGGAGUUCAGCGUCCCGGUAUUGCCCACCUCUCCCAUAGAUCUCCUGGUGCCUGACGCUCAAGGACCUCCGCAGGCCUCGUAUUCACCGCCGACGAGCCCCGGAGGAACCCCAAACCAUGUCUCUCAAACUACAUCCCUCCCAGCGUUUGACCGCUCACUGAAGCCUAGUGUUCCAGUCAGUGCAGGACACAGUGCGCUGGUAAGCGGUUUGCGGCAGCUCUUUGUGCCCGCCGAGCUCUGCCAAAGAUUUUUAAAGCUAGCAGAUGCCAACACAGCACGAACCGUGGAGACCUGUGGGAUUCUCUGUGGCAAGCUGAUGAAGAACGCCUUCACAGUGACACAUGUGAUCGUACCCAAGCAGUGUGGAGGACCAGAUUACUGUGACACAGAGAACGAGGAGGAACUUUUCCUAAUCCAGGAUCAGAAUGAUCUCAUUACACUGGGCUGGAUUCAUACUCACCCGACCCAGACAGCCUUUUUAUCCAGUGUGGACCUGCACACACAUUGCUCUUAUCAAAUCAUGCUUCCAGAGUCUAUAGCCAUUGUGUGCUCACCUAAAUUUAAUGAGACGGGCUACUUUCGGCUGACAGACCACGGGAUGGACGAGAUCUGUUCCUGCAAACAAAGAGGAUUCCACCCGCAUCCAAGAGAGCCGCCCCUCUUCUCUGCUAGUCAACACGUCACAAUCACAGACGGAAGUGUGAAUGUGAUGGAUUUACGGUGAUUUCAUCGCUUCUGCUUCGAAAUAUGUGCCUUUGCUCUUGACCUCACAGCGACUUGCCAAGAAGCUCCCAAAGGGCAAAGAAGGUCCCUGCUGAACAUUGCUACAAAGACACUGGGCCUCUAUCAUCACAUCUUAGCAGUCUAUAUUUAUUAGUUUAAUUCUGUAAUAUCCAAAUGUGACUAAUAAGAGCUUGAAGUUGAGCUGUGUAGUUUCUAGCACUAGCAGCAUCAAAUGGAUUUGCAAAAAUAAAGACAAGUUGUGACCUCAAGAAUUCGUGACGGAAAAAUAGAAA